UCUCAUUGUAUGUAGUUUACACUUUAACAAUCGAAUCAGGUUAACAUUCAGAAAGAUUAGGAAAUCCUCAUUUUAUAACAUUCACGUGUAUUUUGUCGUUUUGUUCAACGCAUCUAAGUGGAAAGUUUUAAAAACAUGAAUUAUACGAACACUUCAAUCAAAUGGGUUUCUCAGAUUCUUUUGUCUCAGAAAUAAUGUAAUGGAAAUAUAGAAUUAAUAUUUAAGUGAAUGCUCUUUGUAUAUAACUGUGUAUUUUUCUUUUUGGGUUUCUUACUGGAUAGAAAUGGAUCAAUCUGAAGAACCACUUGAUUUAAGAACUGGAUGCAGCAGUUCGUCUCAAGUUUUGAAAAGCUGUGAAAAUAAAUAUGAGCAUAAUGUGAAACGGAGACCAACAUAUUUAGAACUAGAAUUUGGGCGUUUUGUCCGAAGAUUAACUCGCGAGUUACUCAACCCUGAUCUUUCAAUUACCGAACAAUCACAAAAACAUUUAACUCAAAUAGAAGAGUCUUGUAAAAAUACAUUUCCUCAAUUUGAUUCACGUCAAAUAAGAUCAAAAAUACGUGCUCAGCUGAAACUGUAUAGACGUAAUUUGAACAAGGUGAAUAAGAAAAUAUCAACAUAUGGUCAAUCCACGUUAUCUCUAAAACCAAUAUCAUCUAACUCGACAUCGAACUCAGGCAUAUCAAACAUACUGUAUCCAGUUUCAGGGAAUAUAGAUAGUAUGAUAUCCAAAAUGGAAUCUAAUCACUUAAACGCAACAUCCAACACUUCUGUAGAUAAUAAAAAUGAUAAUAAUAUAAAUGUGAUAAACACUGAAUAUAUCUAUUUACCAAAUAAUUCGAUCUCAAAUAUUCCUUUUAUUUAUCCAAUCUAUUUUACUCAACCACCAUUAAUCUAUCAUUCAAUACAUAAUGAAUCGAAUCCAAUCAAUUCAACUUGUGCAACUGAUUUGUCAAGUGCAACAAAAUAUUUAGUGCCAGCAGUUUCAAAUAUUACAACUGGUAUAGUAUCAAUAUCGUCUACAACUACACCAUUGUCAGUCUUCUCAACACCAAAUAUUACUACCAGUCUGUUAGCUUUAUCUCUACGUGCAAGUGCAAGUCAUCUUAUUCAAACUGCCAGAUUAUAUAAAAUGUUCAUUCAACCUAAUCAAAGUAUCAGUCAUAAUCACCAGUUGAGCAUUUUAAAUCCCCAAUAUAAAAAUAAUAUAUUUCAUGAUGCUUGUCAUUCAUCAGAACUAGAAGACUUAACGAAUAUCCCAUUAAAUCUUGAACAUAAAAUAUCCAAAACCAAUUUACAGUCGAAAUAAUUCUUCAUUUAUAGAAACUGAAUAUAAUUUGGAUAAAAAUAAGUAGUUAAAAAAUCUCAC